AUGGCAAAACCUACCAACAAUAUGCAUUCAAUGUCAAAUUUCAUUUCUGCACCCCAGCCCUAUUGUACUGUGACAGCAGCAAAAAGCUUGGCAGGACACAGGGCUCGCAGAACAGAAAGUGAAGACAAGAGGAUUGAUGAGAAGAUACUUAUAAUGUUUGAGGAUUUAGGAAGAUGUCUUGGACACAUGAGAGAGAAUGAGAUGGUGGUGAAAUUAUCUCGCUUGUCUACGAUGAGCUUGAGGAAUAUUAUAGAUCACACACUUCAUUUUCAAUUGAUAAUUCGACUAUACUUAUUGUCAAGGAGUUUAAUGGAGCACCUUGUAUCUAUGGGCCAUAUUGUUAUUGACAAUUAUGUUGAUAAGAUUGAUUGA